AUGAGUAUUUUAAAAAGCCUAGUUUUAUUGCAUUACAUAACAAGAUCUAAGACUGAAACCCUUUAAUAUCAAAAUUUUUUUACAAGCAUCACUUUAGAUUGGUUUUAGAACUACUACUACAACUCAGGAUGUACUUCAACAACUUGUAGUUCAAGUUCAAUUUUUGGAGGUUAUAACUGCUUUAACUAUAACGUUUUCAUAGUAAAGACCUUUGAGCUCCAACCACAUUAUAAACUAAGAAUAAAAUUUUUGUUUUGGAGAAUUGACUUAUGGUAUGGAGACUAUUUUAAAGUCUAUAUAGAUAAUAUUGAAAAGCAUAAUUAAAAUUAUGAUAAUUCUACAAGUGUAACUAAUCUCUGUGGAAAUUCAACCUAUUAUGAUGAGACUUUUUAACUGGAUAUAACUACUGAUCAUUCAAGCCCAACUGUUUAGAUAUUAAUAACAGGAUAUAGAUAUUGGGGAAUUUCCAAAUUUCAAUUAUUCAUAGAAAAAUGUCCAGAUGGUUGUGAUUCUUGUGACCAGAAUGGGUGCUAUAAUUAAAUAUUAUAUAUUAAAUAUUUUACUGCUUUAUCCCUCAAUUAUGCUAACUUUAAUGAAGGAUGGUUUUAGUAUAAUGGGCUAAUGUAUAAUAGUAUAGUUAAUAUAGGAGAUUAUUGCAUUUAUUAAUUUAUGUCUUUGAAUUCUACUAAAACAAUAUAACUACCAGCUCAUGAUGCUGUUAGCGUAUCAAUGAAGUUAGUAAGCUUCAAUUAAUAUCACAAAUUUGAUAUACUAAUUGAUGAUCAGUUAGUAGUUGUUUCGAAUCUUUAGAGGUAGGUAAUAAUUUAUCCUAAUUCUAUUCAUUCUUAUUAAAUCAUAAGUCCGAUUAAAUAUCCAUUAAUAUUCCACAUAAACAAUAAUUCAAUUACUUUAACUAUUACAAUGAAUUCUCAGUAAAGUUAUAAUUCAUUAUCUAAUGGGGCUGGAAUCAGAGAUUUUUAAUUAUUUAUUAGACCAACUUUAAUUGAUGAUUCUUGCUUUGAUAACAACAUCUAUCCUUUUGAUGGGUGCUUUGCUGAGAUUUAUGAUUGCAUUGAAGGUUGUGUAAACUGUGUAAGAGGUGAUGGGAAUUUUAUGAAUAAAAUAAGAAGUGUUUACCGAUAUGUGGUGAUACUCUUAUUACAUAUUUUGAAGAAGUGUGAUGAUGGUAACACAUAUCCAUAUGACGGAUGCCAUUAAUGUAAAUACUCUUGUUAACAAGAUUGCUUAAUAUGUUAAUUUGGGUAUUGUCUGAAAUGGAAAACAUCUUACUAAGACAUUGAGAAGAUUUCUUAUAAUAAAUAUUUGAAAUUAAGACUUCCAAUUACACAAAAAGAUCUAAGUCAUAUUUAGUGUUAAUAUUUGUAUGAUUCAUUAGAGUGCAAUGAAUAUAUAAAUGAGUGGGCAUGGUUAUUUUUAAGUUGCAAUUCUUAGUAGAAGAUGAAUGAAAAGAAAAAAACAAUUAGCAAAAAGAAAUGUGGAGAUUUAAUAAUCACAUGUGAUGAGGAGUGUGAUGAUGGGAAUAGAGUAGAGAAUGAUGGUUGUCAUAAUUGUAAAUAUUCGUGUCCAUUGAAUUGUCGUGAAUGCCGAUUUGGAAUAUGUAAAUAAUGUUUACCAAAAUAUGAACUAAUAUAUGGGUAGUGUAAAUAUAUUUGUGAUGGUUUUGAGAGUUAAGAAGAAUAAGAAAAUAGAAGAUGUUAUAAUAGAAUAAACAAUAUGAUUGAGAAUGGGCAUUACUAACAUAAUCUCUUUAAUAACUAAAAUUCUAAAUUUAAAUUAAUAACUCCUCUAACUUGUAGCCUUUAAGAUUUUGGAAUUUUUGGAUAUUUUUAUAACUAAUGUAGAAUAGCAGCGAUAAAAAAUUGUAAAGAAAGUAUUUAUAAUAAAUGUGUAUAAUGUGAUGAUAAUUAUGUAUUGGAAUAUAAUAGAUUGGCCUGUACUCCAAUUUGUAAUGAUGGGCUUAUGAUAGAAAAAGAAAUAUGUGAUGAUUAGAACAACAUUUAAUUUGACGGAUGCUACAAAUGCUAAUAAAGUUGCUUAUUGGAAUGCUUAAAUUGUGUUGAAAAUAAAUGUUAUUAGUGUCUUGAUGGUUGGCAGCUUAUAGAUUAUGGUUGUUACCAAUAUUGUGGGGAUGGUUAAGUAGCUUAAUCUUCUAUGGAACAAUGUGAUGAUGGAAAUUAUGAUAAUGGAGACGGAUGCUAUUAAUGUAAAUUUGAGUGUGUUCCAUAUUGCAAAUCCUGUGCUGAUAGACACACUUGUUUGGUUUGCGAAAAGUACUUUGAAUUGUCUAACGAUUCUUGUAGACCAAUAUGUGGAGACGAUAAUAUUGUAGGUGGAUUAGAAGAAUGUGAGGAUGGAAAUGAUAUUCCUUAUGAUGGUUGUUUUAAUUGCCUGUUUUAGUGUGAAAAAGCAUGCCAAAUUUGUCGUUAAGGAUCAUGCAUAGAGUGUAUAGAUGGGUAUAUAAUUGCAAAGGAUUACUGUGAAGUUAAUAAUUAAACAUUUAUUAUAGAUGAUGAUGAGGAUGAAGUUGUCUAAAAUCAAUGUGCUGAUGCUAAAUAUUCCAAUAAUGAAGAAUGUGAUGAUGGGAAUAAGAUUGAUGGCGAUGGUUGUUCAAGCUCAUGUCAGAUCGAACCUUAUUGGUUUUGUAAUAAUUACCCAUAUAAACCUAGUAUUUGUUCUCCUAACACUAUUAUAAAAUUAUAAUACCUUAAUCAAACUUAAUAAAUUUAAUACAUUUAAUUAUACUUUUCAAAUAAAGUUAAGUUAAAUGAAACUAUUUUAAAUUUUACUGAUAAAAUUAAAACAUCUAUCCCUUCAAUUGAACAAGACGCAUAUUCUAUUACUAUAAUUCCUGUAGUUGAAAUUGAUUAGACUGUUCUACUUGAUGUUAGCUAUGAAAUUUAAAUUCAAUUCUUAGAAUCUAUUACAGCAACAAAUAUUGUCUUAGCUGCCGAAAUCGAUGCUAAUUUAGAAGACCAAAACCAAAUGAUGGUUAAUACCUCAAUCUAAACUAUCAAUUUACAAUUACCCAAAAUCUUGAACACAGAUUAGUUGGAAACUGCCAAUAAUUUUCAAGCUCUUGGUACUUAUAUGAUGAUUGGAUUAGCUAGCAGUAGUGUCUUCUUAUUCUUUUUUGGAAAUCCUAGUUAAUGUUUGGAAAUUUUAGAUACUUUGCAAUUUUAAUCAUAUCUGAAAUUCAUAAAUGUUCAAUUUCCAUAAAAUAUUCAAAUAUAUUUUGAAUCUUCAGAAUUUGUAACUGUUAGUCCUACUUUGGCAAAGUUACAAAUUCAUGAUUUUUUAUAAUAAUUAAUUGGAUAUGAAUAAUUAGACAGUAUAGGUAAGUUUUUUGAAUAUCAAUUAAACGCAGAUUUGUUAGUCAAUAUUUAUGGGUAAUUAAUUUAAGUAGGGUUCCUGAGUGUUUUGUAUAUUAUUGUAAAAUGCUAUUAAAAUAUUAUAUAUUCAUAUUGCUUUGGCAUAAAAUAUAUAUAUUAUUUUAGACGAGUUAAUAGUAGAAUCAUUCAAUUUAUUGGAAUUAAACUUUAUUACUUUAAUAAAUAUAUAUGUAAAAUAGGCGAUAUCUUUAAUGCAGAAGGUUUAAUUCAAUUAUUCCAUGCUAAUAGUUGGGAUCUAUUAUUUAAAAUUUUAAUAUAUUUAGGUUCUACUCAUUAGUUAGGAUUAAGAGAUAUCAUUUCUCAUACUAUCUCAAUAGUUUAUCUGAUAUCCAUAAUUAUUAUUUUAACCAAAAAUUUCAGAAGUUAGAAUCAAUAAACUAGUUUAAAAGAUUUAAGAAUCACUUAGCAUGAAGACAUUAUUUUACUCAAAAAAGUCCUUUUUUUAGUAAUUCUUAUAAUUUUGCAAAGUUACCCUCUCAUACAAUGCUUGCUAUUAACAUGUGUAUUAUUUUGGUAUCUUGGAUCUAUAAUUAGUACUCCAUUCACUGCAAAUAAACUCGAUUUAUUGAUCAUUAUUUGGAUGGAAGGACCAGUAAUGAUCUUUACAUUAUCUUGUAUAAUUUAUUGCUCUGACUUCUCAAAGUAUUUUUCGACUGAUCAAUAAAUAAAUGCGGGGUUUAUAUAAAUAAGUUUCUUGAUACUAGCUUUAGUCUCUCCCUUAGUAAGGUGCGGAUAUUAAUUUUAUCUUAAAGUCAAAACAUACUGUUUGAAUAAAUUUUAGAAGAGGAAACCAAUGGUAAUGAAUGUUAGAAAUAUAUUUUAAAUAAUUGAAAAUAAUUAAUGA